GACAAAUUUUUGUUUGAAAAGAUUUAAUAUGUAUUUGUGAAGCAUUUAAACUCAAAACUGUGAAAAUGUAAGGAUUUACUAGAAAUUGAGGUGGUUUUAAAUAAGUAAUUCAUCUUCUAAUUACUGUUGUGUUGGCUGCAUAGUAUGAGCAGUUGGGUGAUAUAAAAGCACUUCCUUGUUCGAAAACUAUAAUACCCUAUAUAUUAUAAUGUUAACAGAAGGCAAAUCCAAAAACAUCUUUUUAUUAUGGUAUCGUCGACAAAAAACAAAUAAUUGAAUCAUCAACGAAAGUGUGCAUGAAUGCAGAGAAACUGAUAUUUAAUGGAUUAUAAUGGACUUUAAUGAUAAGAUUGAAUUCAUUCCUAGUAGCAGUUGUCAAAAUGAUGAAGGUAUUAGAAGUUGCAGAAUCAAGAAAAAACAAAACGAUCCAACAUAUUGUCCAGUAUGUAGUGUGACAAUAAGAGAAUCUGAAGUCAACAUGCACUUGUCUUCUGAAAUUGAAAGGCUUAACAAACUGCCAUUAUCAAAAAUGAAGAUUAAUGGAAGACAUAAUGCUUCUAGUUCAUCAAAUGGCUCAUCAGACAACAAUGGAGAUGUCAAUUGGGAGACAUUCCAGAAAAUACGUUCUAAUAGACAGACUAGACAAAGAAUGAAAACCCGAAAAAGAAGAGCUGAAGAGACUUGUCCAAUCUGCAAUAAAGAAGUCAGUGAAGACCUCACACUACAUGUUGAAUUGUGUAUCAGGAAAUCUGAAACAAAUGGUAGUGAGAGUGAUGAAAAUAUUGAUGUAGAAGCCUUUGAAGAAUAUGAGUGGGCUGGGCAGGCCAGAGUUAGAGCAACAAGUCUUUUCCAAGGUAGUGUUUCCAACCUAGGUACAUCUAUCAGUAUCACAGAUGAGGAUCAGGACCUGAAUGUUGAUGGAGAUGAUACUCAAAUGUAUGGUUCACCACAGUAUUCUGAAUCUGAUGUUAUACUUCCUUGUGACAACCCUGAAAACUUGGCAUUACACAAGGCUCUCACUGGGACUGAUCCUAAGAAAUUCCCUACAGACAAUCCUGAGAUAAUUAUUGCUAAAGGUGAUCCAGUUUUAGAAGUACUGAAGAACAAAAUUAGGGAAUUAGAAAAUAGAGGACAAAAUAAAGAUGAGGUGUAUAAAUGCUUAAUAUGUAUGGAAAGAUAUAGAACUCCAGUUAUAUCAGUGUGUUGCUGGCAUGUUCAUUGUGAAGAAUGUUGGCUGCAAACCUUGGGAGCCAAGAAGUUAUGCCCCCAAUGUAAUAUGAUAACAUCACCUGCAGACUUGAGAAGAAUAUACAUGUAAUUAUUAUUCUAUUUAUUUAUUUUCUGAUAUUUACAUGGGAUUAAGAUUUAGUUAAUCUUUUCUUUACCUUAGUAUUUUAUUAAAUAUUUUUUC